AUGCUGCGGCUCCCCAGGGGAGUGUCCCCCGGCGCGGGGAGCGGGGGCGCCGCCCUCCCGCCCCACCACCACCAGCAGCAGCAGCAGCAGCAAAAGGCCGUGUCGGUGAUGGGCUCCGCCGAGCGGGUGGCUUCCAGCCUGGGCAGCCCCCCGGUGCCUUCCGUCCCCGCCGGCUACUUCACCCAGGUCUACUCGCAGGCGGCUGUCAGCGUCCCCGCGCCCGGGGGCGGCUGCCUCUACACCACCCCGCAGGGCCCCGAGCUCAGGAGCAUCCGAUCGGCCUCUGCGGGAAGGCUGCCGGCCAAGCGGAAGCUGGACCUCGAGAGUCCCAGCCAGCCGUGCCACCCCGAGUUUCGCACACCCAAGGGCAAGGGCAGGACCCUCGCCCAGGUCCCCAGCCCGAGGACCCCCAAGUCCCCUGGCGAGAAGACGCGCUACGACACCUCGCUGGGGCUGCUCACCAAGAAGUUCAUCCACCUGCUCAGCGAGUCGGCUGAUGGCGUCCUGGACCUCAACCGUGCCGCCGAGGUGCUCGAAGUGCAGAAGCGGCGCAUCUACGACAUCACCAAUGUGCUGGAGGGCAUCCAGCUCAUCCGCAAGAAGUCCAAGAACCACAUCCAGUGGAUGGGGACGGGGAUCUUUGAGGACACGUCAGUGACGGCGAAGCAGCAGGUGCUGCGCGAGGAGCUGGCCGAGCUGGCCAAGACGGAGAGGACGCUGGACCAGCUCCUCCAGGACUGCGCCCUGCAGCUGAAGCAGCUGACGGAUGAUGAAGCCAACCAGAGGCUCGCGUACGUCACCUACCAGGACCUCCGCGCCAUCAGCAACUUCCAGGAGCAGACGGUGAUCGCUGUGAAGGCUCCGCCAGAGACGCGGCUGGAGGUGCCGGACUUCAACGAGGACAACCUGCAACUCCAUCUGAGGAGCACCAACGGCCCCAUCGAGGUGUACCUGUGCCCGGAGGAGAUCCCGGAGGACAGCCCUGCCAAGGAGACCAGCAGCUCCUCCACCACGUCCCCGCGUGACCGUUUUGCCUCCUCCCCGGAGAAAGGUACCCCAGGGGCCGAGCGCCCAGCCCCGAGGGCUAUGCUGGCAUGGGGGGCCAUAGGGGUGGGUUGCCAGCCCUGCUCAUCCCCGUCUCUGCCUCUCGCCCCGCCAGCGGAGCCUCCCCGGCCAGCACUGGUGGAGGUGGAGGAAGGGCUGCUGGGCUCGCCCCAGCACCUCCUGCAGCAGACGGAGGACCAGCUGCCCUGCGCCCCGUCCUACCUUGACUCGGGGCCCUUCGUCGCCUUCUCGCCGCCCCUCGACCAGGACGACUACCUUUGGGGGCUGGAGGGUGGCGAGGGCGUCAGCGACCUCUUCGAGGCUUACGACUUGGGCGACCUGCUGAAGAACUGA